AUGAACCUAACCGCAUUCUCUGCUCCAUCUUUGCAGGCAGCAUACCUUCGCACCCUUCCCGCUAUUAGAGAACGAUGCUCAAAUGUACAUGCCAUGGCGCAACAGGGAAAGCUGGAGUAUUUUGAUUAUAGCCCGGAUCAUGAAUUAUCCGUUGUGAAUUACUGCCUCGAAAUCAUGAAGAGAGACUUUCCCGCGGCUGAUGGCGGUGUUGACUUUGCGUCUAUCCCACCGCAUGGGAGGUGGAGGCAUCUAGAUGCAGGGAAAUCGCGCAUAGCGCCUUUGAUGGCGAAAUGGGAUGAAGAACGAGAGUCACCAGUCAGCGAGAAAGAAAAAUGCAAAAGGUUGAUUGAUUUAUUCCUUGUUUCUGUCCUACUGGAUGCUGGGGCUGGUAACCAAUGGACAUAUAACGAGUCAGAUGGGGAAAGCUACAGUCGUUCGGAAGGGCUCGCGGUUGCAACUGUACAUAUGUUUGACCAAGGUCUUUUCUCGGGAUCUCCUGCAGCUCAGCCUCAUCGCGUUGAUGCGCAGGGACUGUCUCAGAUCAAUGAAUCGAGAAUUGCCACCGCUAUGCAAGUCAGCGAUGCCAAUCCGAUGGUUGGUCUAUCUGGCCGAACUUCGCUCUUGGUCAAUCUCAAGACUGCGUUGGAGUCUAACCCUCGCUUUUUCGGUUCUGAUGCUAGACCCGGAAACAUCAUUGACUUCCUGGAAUCCGAAUCGAAGCUCGAUGGUUCGUCCCUGCGUGUCCAUGUCUCAUCACUGUGGGGAGUUUUGCUUGAGGGUUUAGCUCCGAUUUGGCCUGCAAGGUAUUCCAUCGGUGGAGUGCAGCUCGGAGAUGUGUGGCCAUGUUCUGUGCUCGCCACGGUUGGACAAGCUGAGGGACACGACUUCGUGCCGUUCCACAAACUAACGGGAUGGAUCACAUAUAGCCUGAUUGAGCCCAUGGAGAAGAUUCUCAAGUGGAAAUUUGACGGCAUCGAGGACAUGACUGGUCUUCCAGAGUAUAGAAACGGAGGUUUGCUGAUCGACUUUGGUGUUCUUACCCUCAAACCCGGCCUUCAGGCGCUCGUAAAUAGUGCUAGCGGUGUUCCAUGUCUUCCACCAUCACAUGGUGCUGUGGUUGAAUGGCGGGCAAUGACUGUGAUUGAACUAGAUCGCAUCGCCAACGGCAUCCGACGUCAAGCUGGUGUGAACUCUUGUGAUCUAACCCUUGCCCAAGUACUGGAAAGCGCAACGUGGAAAGGAGGGAGAGAAAUUGCCAAGCGGCUCCGGCCCUUGACCGGCGGACCACCCAUCGAAAUAGAGAGCGACGGAACUGUUUUUUGA